GCUGUUGGACAGACAGCGAAUAGAUUCGCUGUUUUAUACGCUGACGGUAAAUCGUCGCUCCGAGGAAAUUUCGUGGUCUGCGAAAUCUGAGUUGAAGGAAGGAGAAAAACGGCGACAGACAGAGUGCGGAAAUCGAACUUAUCUAUAUUUAAACUGUCGUUUGAAAGGUUUUGAAGCUUACGUUUAAAAAUAGAAGAGAUGCAGCGUUUGUCACCGAUUCGGGAAUAUGUUGAACCCGUCGUUCUCUGUGCUCAACUUGCCAGUACGUUCUAUGAUACCGGUUUGCAGAUGGUAGUGUACGAACGCACCAAUGCGACCGACUCCGUCAAUCACACCGCCACUGAGGAGGAACAACAGAAAGCCAUUUCAAACUUUUUCAUGACUUACACUAUGCUGUCGAGCUUCCUCCCAUUCGUACCCGCGUAUUUUCUGGCGAGGUACGGGGAUAAAGGAUACAGGACGGUACCCCUUGCCGUGCCUUUGCUAGGUUACGUGCUUUCUAGAACUCUGCUGCUGCUGGUUAUAGUGCUGGAGUUACCCAUUGAAGUGAUGUUUGGGGGUGCGGUGGUUUAUGGGCUGUGUGGGGGGUUUUCCUCGUAUUGGGCAGGUGUUAUGGCGCUUGUGUCCGUGUCUUCGAACGAGGAACGUAGAUCUCUCCAUAUGAGCAGGACAGAACUGAUAUACGGGCUGGCAGGGUUCGUCGGUAGUAUAGCAUCUGGACACCUUUUCAAGUUGUAUGAUGUCGAGCACAGACAAGGAGUACUUCUCGUGGGGCUCUGUGUAUUUCUGUAUAUUUUGUGCUUUCUAUACGUUGUUUUCGUCCUUAAAACAAACCACGAUCGAAGUUCCAGGAGCAGCCUAGAUCGGCAAGAUGAUGAAAUUGGAAUACUGAAUCGCCGUCCCCGUGACAUUAUUAAUAUCGCCCUGCUGUUUGCCGGUGCCAUUCUGUAUGAUGUUGCUGUUGCGGGUGCAAUGGAGAUUUUGAUAUCUUUUGUAAAGAAAGAGCCGUUGAACUGGGACGCCACGCGCAUUGGGUAUGGCAACGCGGCAGGGUUUCUCAUCUUCUUCUCAAGUUUCCUCGGGGUCGUCGUGUUCUCCAAAUGCGCGCGGGACACCACCUUGAUCAUAAUUGGAAUGCUGUCCUUCGCCGCCGGAAUUUACUUUAUGGCAUUCGUGACAGCAACAUACAUGUACUAUUUGGCUAGAGCUUUGACUUUGUUUGCUCUGAUCCCAAUGCCGAUCAUUUGCUCUCUGUUGUCGAAACAAGUCCACAGCUCUUCAUACGGGAAAAUACUCAUUACCCUCCAGCUGUCCUUCGCUCUGGCCAGUCUGGUCUAUUCCCCGAUCUUCACCAAGAUCUACCAGGCUACGCUGGAGUGGUUCCCCACGGUCCCCUUCCAGUUCUCCAGCCUCCUCACGCUUCUCGCCAUUAUACCCAUCAGCGUCGUGGGCUGCAGGACGGGCAGGCAGCAGGGCUACGAGAGGAUCCAGGGCAACUGAUGAGGAGAACCCCAGUCAGUCGUUUCCACCUGGACUUUGAUCUAAUCCUCACGGUCAACAAAACUACUGCCUGCAGAUUGAAUGCAAAAACAUUCUAUAGCAAUGUCUGGAGUUACAGCAGUCAUUAGAACACGGUUAUUUUUCCCCAAGUUAUUUCCCCGAUAUUGUAUACAUAUCACAUGAAAUGCAAGGGUUUGAUUAUGCUGGAUUCUCAAUAUCCAGGUCUUUAACUGUCACGUCUAAGUUGCAGCUUUUGCUUGGCAUGCACAUUGGUUGAUGGCAACUUUGCCUGUCAGAAUAUUGACAUGCAUUGAGUACUACAGUGGAUACAAAAUGAAAACACCCCCCUUCAAGGUUUUACAUCUUGUUGUAUAAUGGUCUGUAAAUCUAAUGGAUUAAAAUGCAACUUGUUUUGCCCUGAACCAAAGUGUACAACAUACAUAUCUUAUGAAUGCAGUGAAAUCAUUUCAAUUUAAAAAAAGAAAGCAUUUAAUCAACAAAACUGUCAUUUUCCUAUUUUUUUAAGUAUAGACCCACCUGAGUGGAAGCACCUUUGACAGCUACCAGUCUUCGAGCGAGCGAACGACUUCAUAGGAGCUUUAGCCCUGUGCUUUGGGUCGUUGUCCUGCUGAAUAUGAAUUUCCGAUCCAUUUUCAGACUUUACAGACCUUCUCAGAUUCUUCUCCAGAAUAUUCCUGUAUUUGGCUCCAUCCAUCCUCGCAAGUUUGAUAAGUUCCCCAGUCCUUUUAGUUGAAAAACAUCCCCAACACUUUAUGCAGCCACCAGCAUGCUUCACAGUCGAGAUGGUGUUGUUUGGGUUUUUGGCAAACAUAACAUUUGGCAUGUAUGCCAAAAAGUUAUAUUUUGGUUUCAACUGACCACAGUUUAGAUGGACACCCUGAUUUUGGGAGACUGUAAGUGGUGCCAUGCACUUUCCAUUCCUUAAUGAUAGUAUUAACAGUGCUCAAUGGCAUCUUCAAAGCCUUAGAGAUCUUUUUAUAUCCCUCAUCUGAUGUGUUCCUUUCCACAACUUUGUCACAGACUUGUUUUGGGAUAUCUUUGGAACACAUGCUGCUGUCUUUGUGUGAGACUGUACUUCCAAACAGAGGGACCAUGGUAAACAGCUGUUUUUAUUCACAUCAAGUUAAUCGCUGUGAUUCCACAUAGGACAUUGAGCUUAGCUUGGUUAUAGUUGUGUAUAGGAUUGGUUAUUCCUGAGAUAGUUUAAGGGAUGUUUCAGUAAAGGGGGUGUAUACUUAUCAAACCAGGUUAUUGCACUUUUUUAAUUAAUGUUGGAAAUUAUGUUUUUUAUAAUUAGUUUUUCCCUUUGAAAUGGCAAAGUAUUGUGUAGAUUAGACGGAAAAAUAGGUAGAUUGAUUGCAUUUUAAUUCCAAUAAAUCUGAAAAUUGUUCAAGGGGGUGUAUUCAUAUUCUAUCCACUGCAUGAAAGGGAUGUGUACAGUGUUUAAUGUAUAUACAGUGCCCUCCAUGAUAUUUGGGACAAAUACUCCUUGAUUUGCCUCUGAUGUGAGGGUAUUUUUAUACAUUUUGGUUACACCAGAAAUUACAGCAGUGUUUAUACAUAUGCUGAAGAGAAAAAAUUAAGGGGAGCCCCCAAAACAAGCAUGAGCUAAAGAUGGCUGCAAUACAGGCCGGGCAGAGAAUCAUCAGAGAAAACACCCAAUGAUGUCCAUGAAUCGCAGACUUCAAGCAAAUAAAUAAAUGAUGGGUCUUUGUCCCAAACAUUAUGGAGGGCACUGUAUGUGUACGGUCCACUUUUAUGGAAAUUAAUUCUAUAGUAUAUUGAUUUUUUUUCAUUAAAAUGUUGAUAGUUAAGAUUAAACAUGUCCAUAAACUGUGGCUGGAGUAUUGGCCUUACAGAGGACAGGUAAAAUGCAGAUGUCAGAUUACUUUGAGUCGAUUUUGCUCAAUGAGGAUACAUGCACUUACAUCAUGUAUUUGGGCAGCUUUUCCAAUGGGAGAUUUGAUAUUUGAAUUGUCAUUUCACUCUGUCCUUCAGAGAUUUUCUGUUGAAUAGUUUUAAAUCAAUUGUUUUAGUCACCAUUUUUGGGACCCAGAAUGGUUUAAAAUAAAGAUAAUUUGAAUGUUACAGUAA